CUCCACCGCUUAUCCGUUGCUUGCAUAUACAACCUCCUCACUUUUCAAAGCAAUCCAGGAUACUUGGAACCAUGGGAUCUGUUCCGUUUCAAAAGCUAAUAAGCGCUUUUAAUUUUCAACGUUUGUUGAGACCUGGUCAUGUAACCCAAAACUCAAGCGGAGAAUUAGCAACAAGCAAAAUGAUUCCAAGAAGGCUGGUUUUGCAUAUGAUACCUCUGAAUUUUUGUCUCCAUGCUGAAGCCCUGGAGAUGAAGGAGCCUGAGGUUAUUAGGAGUCAAAAGCUUGAUAGUGGAGUCCGAAUACAAGAUAUCGUUGAUGGUGAAGGGGAAGAGGCUCAUGAAGGGGAUUUUGUUGAAGUCAAUUAUGUUUGUCGUCGGUCAAACGGAUAUUUUGUACACAGCACCGUGGAUCAAUUUAGUGGUGAAACUUCCCCAGUUGUACUUCCUCUGAAUGAAAAAGAGAUUAUAAAGGGUUUGAAGGAAGUGAUAAUUGGAAUGAAGGUUGGAGGGAAGAGAAGGGCAUUGAUACCUCCAAGUCUUGGCUAUGUUAACGAGACAUUGGGACCUAUUCCAGACGAGUUUGGUCCUCGGCGAAGCCUUUUGUCUCAUGUAAAGGAGCCCUUGUUAUUUGAGGUGCAGCUCCUCAAGGUUUUAUGAAUCAAUGUUCAUAUUCAUAGUGAUCGACUUGGAGUUGGAGGGCUAUAUUAAUUUGUUGUUCAUUAUUAGCCGAAUGAAUUGGUGUAUUUUCUUACAUAUAUAUAUUUUAUUUUAUUGGAGUGA